UGGGGAGGGGUCUCCCCAUGUCCCUGCAGGCCCCAUCACCAGCGUGUGCUUCACCAAGGACGGGCAGUGCGCGCUGGUCGCCAGCCUGGACUCCACCCUCCGGCUGCUGGACAAGGACACGGGGGAGCUGCUGGGCGAGUACACGGGGCACCGCAGCACCACGUACAGGCUGGACUGUGUCCUGAGCGAGCAGGACACGCACGUGGGCUGCGCCUCCGAGGACGGACACGUUUACUUCUGGGACCUGGUGGAGGGCUCGUUGGCGCUCAGCCUGCCCGUGGGCACGGGGGUGGUGCAGUCCUUGGCCUUCCACCCGCGCCUGCCCUGCGUGCUGGCGGCCACCCAGGGCCAGGUGACGCUGUGGAGGGAGGAGAACUUCCAGCCAGAGGGGGACCCCGACACCUGACAGGGCUUUGGGGGGGGGUUUCGAGGGGCUGGGGGCCCCCCCCCGGGCUCCCCUGGAAUGAGGAAUAAACCCCCCUUAGUGGAGA